CUCCGUCAGUCUUGACUACAGUGACACAGAGUUAUCUUUAUUAUCUGAACUAAGCAGGACAGUAUGGGCUUAACGUCCAGUUUACUGGAUGAAAACAGAUCCAACUACUUAAAAGAGCAAGUGGAUACAAGAUUUAAUGAGUUUGCAGCGAUUUAUAGAAAACAAUAUAUUCUGGCCUACCUGUCCCAGGUUCAAGAUGAACUCGAGCAACACAAACAGCAACACACACAGCUCCUCCAACAAAAGAAUCCUCUAGAACCAGGAACAAUUUUAUAUGAAGAGAAUGUUCAGGUCUUUGAGGAUGGCAAAAAGUUUAAGCACAGAUUCGUUGUGGUGCGAGCCAAUUAUGUCCUGGAGUGCCACAAAAGUUACAAGGCAUUCAGUAAAGGUGACCCUCCGUUGCACAGACUCAUGCCUACAGGGGGCACCGUUUUCACUUCAGAAGAGAAAUACCUGGAAAUGCUGGAUCAGUGUUACCCUUACACUAGCAAUGUAAAGGAAGAUUUAGUUCCCUCUGUGGCGAGCAUGCCAGGGAACUUUCCAGUUUAUCUAAGACUUCCAUACCGUCAGGAUCCCUAUUUCUGUCUCUACAAUGAGGAACAGCAGACAGAAUUCGUCUCCAUCUUAUCUGAUUGUAUUCGCCACCAGAACAAAGACUUUCUUAAGAAGAAUACGUGUGAAGUUAAAGCUUUCCUGAAAGCUCUUCAGUUCUACAGGCAGGAGAAAGGCCAGUAUGAAUUAUGGGACAUGCUCACCGGCAGUGAUGUGCGGGUACUUUCUAAUCUAAUCAUGGAGGACCUAAGGCCCUAUCUGGACUCAGAAUUAGAGCCAUUUCUGAAGACCAAGAAGGCAGACAGAAGAAAAAUCUGGCUUGCGACAAUAGAAGCGGCUUAUUUUCUGGUGAGUGAACAUCUACUGGAGAGGCUGAAUGCAUUGAAGGAGGAAUGCAAAGACACGGCGAAACAGCAAGAGCCUGUAAUGCGCUCCAAUAUGGACCAGAUCACCAGCUCUAGAGCUUUUCUGGAAGAUAAACUUAAAGCUUUAGUUGCUGAGCCAGCGACAAUAUACUGCACAGAGCAGGUGAGGCCUUACCUGCCAGCCGUUUUGGAGGAAGUGAUGGUACCCAUAAGCCUGGGUUUCACAGAGGCUCGGGAGCUGAGUGAGGGCAUGAUGGAACAGCUUUGUGAGGACUUCCAGGACUCCGAUCAUAAAGAGGAACUCCAUCAGGCUCUGUUUAAGAUGAGUAUAGCUAAUUUACAGAGCUGUUUUGACAAAGUGAGCGGAUUGGCAGAUCACGUCCAAGAACUGCAGCAAACCUUCAACUACCCCAUUAAAGGUCUGCAGAACAGCACAGAGUUAGACAUUAAACAGUUGAUGGAGAAUGUAGAGUACACCUAUGAACUGCUCCUGAGAAAGGCUCUGGAGGAUCCAUCCAUCAACUUUGGGAUGGCCAUACAGAAAGCUUCAAGCAGGGUUCUGAAGCAAUAUGACUAUGAUAGCAGCACAGUGCGAAAGAAGAUCUUUCAAGACGCUUUGAUCGACAUUACUCUACCCAGCAUCAAGAAACAUUUUGCCCCAUCCUUUAAAGAGGAACUACCAAAAUUCGAGCAACACAUAUUUGCAGAUUGUUCAAACUUCAUCAAUGUGGAAAACGUGUAUGAGGACAUUCUGCAAAAGAUACUGGAAAAGGAAGUCCGCUUGGUGGUCAAUGAGGCAGCCAGCAAAAAGAAGUACAACCUGUACACAGAGAGCAGAUACAAUUUCAGUGUCUCCAGCACUUAUUCAACUCCACCCGACAGCCCAGGCAACUCAAAGACAUCCCCAAAUUCCCAAACAGCCUUGCCAUCCCCAUUGCUGAGCAAUGGCCUGACAGAGAGCAAUUCCUUAAACGACGAACCAGAGACGAGGAAGGUCGUUCAGUCAUCCCCAAAGUCCGAAAUGUGUGAAACUAAAAAGUCAGAGACUCAGCAUAGUACAACACCAACCCAGAACCUGCCUGCUGCUGUACCCAUUACUGUUAAAGCGAAUGUGGAAGAGAAUAUGCUGCUCCGGGAGGAAAGCGUUGAUGACGUGUUUAAUGAUGAAACGGUAAACGAAAAAACAACCAAACAGACAGAAACUUCUAUGAACGCUUCGGCUGAGACCAGACCUGAACUCAUAACUACCACAAACCCUGCUGCGAUGGUAACCGAAGCCCUACAGCGUGCGCUUACUUCUAAAUCAACAGAAGGAGCUAAGGCACCUUCUUCAGACUUUGCUAAAGCACCAACAGCUGAAAUCAGCCCAGUUUGCAUUGCAACCUCUUGUUCUGAGGUUAAGGCUGAAAUCACAGCACCCCCUGCUGGAGAGGAAGACAACAUCGGACCAGCUGCAAAGGUAGAGGGGUGGAUAAAUGAUCAUUGCGAGAACAAAAAAAGCAAAUAUCCAAUUGCGGUGUGUUUACCUAUCCAAAACGCAGAGGCAGGGACUAACAUAGCAGAUGAUGCAGAUGACAUCAUCAAAAAACCAUCAGUCCAAAAUAUCAUAGAUCAAGAGAACGACUGUGAGUCUCAGACAACAUCAUCAUCCCCAGUGGAAGAAGACAGACCACUGGACUGUGUGAAGGCCAUUCGGGACCUUGUAGUGGAGGUCUUUGAAGUAGAGGAGGUUAUUCAGCCUCCUAAAGACAAUGAGGAAAACGUUCAAGUUGAGAUGUUUGAGGCUGUAGUUUAAGUUAACACUGUUCAAAAUAACUUACAGUGCAUUCAAACUGUAUAUUAUUUAUUAUCAGUAUGUGUGUUCCCUGGAAAUCAAAUUCAUGAACUUUGUGACGCUAAGUGCUAUGCAAAGUGAGUGACAGGAUCUUUUCCAUGAUGUCAGUUCUGGAUUUAAAAAAUAUCUGACCUGGUUGGUACCCCAUAAUUUUUGUAUAUUUGAAGAGCUACAUUUGAAAUCAUUGUGCAGAAAUGGCUUAAAGAGUUACUGCAUAGUUUAAAGAAAAACACCACCGUUUUUCAAUAUUUUACUAUUUUACUAUGUUCUUACCUCAACUUAGACAAAUGAAUACAUAAUGCAUACAUUCAUGUGCAGAAAUGGCUAAAAGAGUUACUGUAAAGUUUAAAGGAAACACCACAGUUUUUCAAUAUUUUAUUAUUUUACUAUGUUCUUACCUCAACUUAGAUGAAUUAAUACAUACCUAUCUUUUUUCAAUGUGUGCACUUUUAAUCUUUGUACAGCGCCUCAUGAAUGUGUUAGCAUUUAACCUAGCCCCAUUCAUUCCUAUGGCUCCAAACAGGGAUGAAUUUAGAAGCCAUUAAACACUUCCAUGGUUUCCCUAUUUAAAGAGUAGUUACACGAGUAAGUAUGGUGGCACAAAUAAAACGUUUGUUUGGAUCUUAAGGAAUGAAUGGGGCUAUGCUAAAUGCUAACACAUUCACAAAGCGCUGUACAAGGAUUAAAAGUGCAUGCAUUGAAAAAAGUUUAUUAAGGUAUUUAUUAAUUCAGCUAAGUUGAGGUAAGAACAUAGUAAAAUAUUAUUGAAAAACGGUGGUGUUUUCCUUAAAAGACAAAUAUUGUGUUGUAUAAAAGUGAAGUGAUUCUCUAACGAGGACGGUUUUAAUCAAAGGAUUGUAAUAUAUUCAUGUAAGCUGUUAUUUUAAAUAUAUAUUGCAAGCAUUUGAAUAAUAUGUAAAAUCUAUAUUUGUUAAAUAUAAAAAAGAUUGUGUUUUCAAAUGUGUCCCAUCUGUGAAACCAAAAUAAUUGGGAAAGAACAUUGCUAUCACUUUGGUAAGGUGCACAACAUACAGUAGAGGAAGCAGUAAAUAAUCAUGUGAUAGAAUAUAUAUCUGAUUAGGUCAUUUACCCAGAAUGCACAGCUGUAUCAGAAUCUGCCAAAAUCUGUCAAGCAUGACUGCUUUAAACCCAAACUGUCAACUUUGUCUUUCAUGGAAUUUGACUUUGUGACAUAUCUACAGUACAAUCUGCUGAAUCUAGGACAGAUCUCGUUUUGAGUGACGCAAACAUGUCCUGUGUUAAGGAUCCUUCAGAUCAUUCAACUUUUGAGAUCUUUUCAGCUUAGGACACACUGCUCUUUAAAGGAUUAGUACAUUUUCUUAAAAAAAAAAUCCAGAUAAUUUACUC